CACAGAGACUCAGAUUCUUCACUUUAAAAAACAACUCUAGGACUACUUGGAACAAUUGCUACGGAUUUUGUUUCACAAAAAAUACAUUUACUUGAAGAACAGUGCAGACGCAUCGUUUUGUAAGAGAAUGACGGCACAAACAGCGCAAAUCAUCGUUCUUCAAGUAAAUUUGUUUUUGUAAAUUUUUCUGUGGAAAUUGUUAAAAGUAGUCCUUGUGCGUGGGUGCUGUAUGAUUUGUUUACCUAAACAAUCAUUGUUUUUUGUUGGACAAAAAAAAAGUGAACAAUCUGAGUCUGUGUCACUGUGUUACUGUGGAAUUGUCCAAUACACAGUUCAGUAAACUCCGUUUGAGAUGAGGAAUUUGAAUGGCCACAAAGUUCCAAGGCAAUUACAUAGAGGGGACACAAAGACACCGACAGAAGCUACUUCUGAUCAGCACACCGCCAGAGACUCCCUCGUUCCCUCCAGAUGAGAUCUUCUCCACAUCCGGACGGACAGAUCGGGAGCUGACAGCAUGCUGUGCCAGUGAAACCAGCCAAAGGAAGAACCAGAAGGAAUCUACACCGACUGAAGACGUUCUUUGAACUAUCUCGACUGCGUGCAACUCCUGUGUAAAGAAGAAGAAGCAGCAUUGGAGGAGCCCCUAGCAGCAGGCACCGUCGAGUUAAAGCUUCUGCCUGGCUGCCCAGCACCACCAUGGCUGAGAGUCGAAGGGAAGCCCUAGCAGCGGCCCCGAUGUCCACCACUGCCUCCACGGUCGGUGCCAACGCUACCGACAUCUCCGGCACCGGAUCCAGCGAGGACUUCUCCAAGCUCAAGGACAAGUUUAUGAAUGGGCUCAACAAAAUCCCACUGCCAAAUUGGGCCAUCGUCUCCAUCGCCUUCGUGGCCGUGGUCCUGGUCCUCUCCUGCUGCUUCUGCAUCUGCAAGAAGUGGAUAUUCAAGAAGAAGAACAAGAAGAAGGGCAAAGACAAGGGCAAGAAUGCCAUCAACAUGAUGGACGUGAACGACGGUGCGAAAACCGAGGCCUUGAAGGAUGAGGAUGACGCUGAGACAGGCCUGACCGAUACAGAGAAAGAGCCCGAGCCCAAGGAAGAAGAGAAACUUGGAAAAUUACAGUUCAGCCUGGAUUACAAUUUCACCGAGAAUACGCUCAUAGUAGGGAUCAUCCAAGCAGCGGACCUACCAGCCAUGGACAUGGGCGGCACCUCGGACCCCUAUGUUAAGGUCUACCUGCUACCUGACAAGAAGAAGAAGUUUGAGACCAAGGUCCACCGGAAGACCCUAAACCCCACCUUCAACGAGCAGUUCCAAUUCAAGGUGCCCUACGUCGAGCUGGGAGGCAAGACGCUGAUGAUGACGGUGUACGACUUUGACCGCUUCUCCAAGCACGACGCCAUCGGAGACGUGAAGCUGCCCAUGAACAAGAUUGACUUUAGUCACGUGACAGAGGAGUGGCGGGAUCUUGUGAGCGCCGAGAAGGAGGAGCAAGAGAAGCUGGGUGAUAUCUGCUUCUCCCUGCGAUACGUGCCCACCGCUGGUAAGCUGACCGUGGUCAUCCUGGAGGCCAAGAACCUGAAGAAGAUGGACGUGGGAGGCUUGUCAGGUGAGCAGAGCAGAGCUGAGGGCCACAACAAAGAUGGCCAGGCAAGACGAUUGACAGCCAGGGGGCCUAAGAUGGUAGUAAGGAAUUUUACCUCCAGACCUGCUCUCAUCUGUGUCAUGUCUACUCAAGAGGAGGGGCUGUCAUUAUGAAACCCUCAGUCAAAGCCACUCUCUCUCUCUGGUAAUGAACGCUCUCAGGGUGUUACAGUAUGUAUUAGAAACCAUUGUUUUGCCCUCUCCCCUCUCUGUGCUGUUCUAGGGGUUUUGCUGAAGGCUUGGUGAGUCAUUGUGGGGCCCAGUGUUUUGUCUGGUUGGACUUUGGGAGAUUGGUGUCUGUUGGAGACUUUGAGCUCUGAUUGUGCGGCACUUUCACUCCCCGCUGGCUUUCCACACGACAGGCUCAUCUUUUGUCUGAGAAAAUCUGUGGCAGCAAUCACUUCAGUGUCUCCUAUUUUCCUGCAGCUAUUUCUCUCAAACAACAACCGUCCCCAACCAAUCAUUGCCCACCAUUAUAUUGGCAGGAGAUAACAGAUAGCAUCUGAGGUGAUUAAUGUGUGUCUAAACUCUACCUCCAAAAUGUGGACAGCAAUAGAAAUGGCAUUUUGUCCUCCAGAACAAUGCCAAUGUGAUGCCAAUGUGAUGCCAACAGAACAUGUGGUUAGACCCAGGUACUCCAGGGAUCAGGGGUGUGGGUGGUGGUUACUGGGCUCCACUGUGCAGACCUGCUGUUGCGUGGGAGAAAAUACACAUGGACAGUAAUGAUCGCAGUGGGCACUAAUGAACACCCUGCUUUAUGUUGGCAGGAGAUCCCAUAGGAACUACACUGAAGUAACGCUUUGGAAAGUCACCUGGCCAUUGUGGCCAUGGUUCACUAAAGCACCUGUAGAGGCUCAUAGAUAGAACACAUUUCUAAUGAAUUGACCAACUCUGAAAAGUGAGCCUGAUGCCAUGUUAACAGAAUGUUUCAU